CACGAACGUGACUGGGGUGUCUUGCAGCCAUCUGGUUAUUUGGCUUUCCUUGGAACAGAAGCCAACCGGCACCCCUGUCCUAAUUACCUUCAACCUACCACACCCCCUACCGGCGCUUUCCCAAACAGCCCAGCGGCCCUCUUCUUCAACCGCCUCCUCUCCUCCUCCUCUUCAUCUACAGCACCCUCUGCUUUCUUCAACCUUUUUUCCUACGCUCUCUAUCGUGUCUUUGGCACAGUCCACUCCUUUACAGUUUAUUCCUCGCGCCCUUUCUGCAAUUUGCAGCACUACACAAAAACAUUCUUUUCAUUUCUUACCAACUUUGCAGAGUCGAUCUCUCUUUUCAUCAUGAAGUCCUCGCUUCUUAUCGUCGCUGCUAGCGCUGUGCUGGCCACCGCUGGACCUGUCAACAACGACAAACGUGCCCUUGAGGUCGUCUGGGUCGAUGACAUUGUUACCGUUACCGUCACCAAGGAAGUUACGCCUACCUCUUCCGUCUUCGUCGAGAACAAGCCUUCCCCCAAGCCCACCACCGAGGCCCCCAAGCCCGCUCCCAAGCCCGAGGAGAAGGCUGCUCCUAAGCCCGCUGCUGCUGCUGCCCAGCCCUCGGCCCAGCCCUCGGCUCAGCCCGCUCCCAAGCCUGCUCCCAAGCCUCAAUCUCAGCCUGCUCCUCCCAAGCCCGUUAUUGAGGUCCCCAAGAUCACCGUUCCCGGUGUUACCGUGACCGUCAACCCUCCCAAGGACAACGGCAACCAGGGUGGCAACGACUACCAGCGAGCUGUUCUCAACGCCCACAACGGCCACCGCUCUCAGCACUCUGCUUCCGCCCUCAGCUGGAGCGACGACCUCGCCAACAAGGCUGCUGCCAACGCUAACAAGUGUGUUUUUGCUCACGACAGCUCUGGCCAGAACCUUGCCUCUUUCGGCUCUACUGGUGACUUGGGCAGUGCUGCUGAUGCUGCCGCCAAGGGUGUCUCUGACCAGUGGUACAAGGAGAUCUCUGACUUCCACUACUUCGGCCAGCCCAACCCUACCCAGGACUUCGAGAAAUGGGGCCACUUCACCCAGGUUGUCUGGAAGGGUUCUCAGCAAGUUGGUUGCGCCACUGUCAAGUGCCCUGCCGGCACUGUUCUCGGCUUCCCUUCCAUGUACACUGUCUGCAACUACGCCCCUGCUGGUAACUUUGCUGGCCAGUAUGCCAACAACGUCAAGCCCCUCUCCGGUUAAAUGAUGAUGGGAUCCUUGCGCAGAGCCAGUUCUUCUCCGGCUGGUAGCACGACUGGACUAUUUUGCUGAUGUGGAGACGUUUUAUAUUUCACAAGGCGUCGGAUGUGAUGUUCGCGCGCUUGCAAUAUCUGACUGGUCUCGAGUGGAUUUUUUGCAAGUUAGUAUAUAGCAAAGGAAAGAGCUUUCUACAUCACGAUUUUUUUUCUACAUG